CCAUUCAAUGCCUCGACGCUUGAGAGAACAAACAUCGCAAUCCACGGAAUUGUUUGGCCAUGGCAGCACCGUUUUGGGGUCCCCAGACCUCUUAUUUAAACUUUUGUGAAGAGGAUUAUGUUAUUACACGGUAUAUCGCUGAAUUUAUAAAUACUCUUAGCAGUUUGACAUAUGUGGCAUAUGGACUCUAUGGCUUGUUGAUAUCGCCUAAAUUCCCGACUGGGCCACGUUUGGCCUCGUACUGUGGACUAAUAGGCGUGGGGAUAUGUUCAGCUGGAUAUCACAUGACCUUGAAGUAUCAUACUCAAAUGUCUGAUGAACUGUCAAUGCAUCUUCUCACUACACCCCUCAUCUACCGUCUUCUUAGCUUCAAAGCCAGUCCUCAAAGGACUCGAAUCGUUGGGACCGUUCUUUCAAUAUUAUUCACGAUUGUCAUGGUCACUCAUAUGGUCAUGGAUGAGUUCCUUUUGCACGCCACUACGUUUGGCCUGGGCAUUUAUGUCAUUGCUACUCGUGUGCUGAAGAUUAUUCCUCAGCAAGUUAAGGACCCAAUCAUCAGGAAGAAAUUUCAAAACAUGGCUAUUCUCGGACUUGGAUUCUUUGGCUUUGGAUACAUUGUUUGGCUCAUUGAUGAGUUUGCUUGUCGGUAUCUGACGAGUGCGAGACAUGUAGUUGGUCUGCCCUUUGCGUUUCUCUUGGAACUUCAUGGAUGGUGGCAUGUAUUCACCGCUAUCGGAGGUUAUUCCGCUGUUGCAGUCAUCGAUAUCGUCACGACAGGGGAGGUGACCGAAGACCCUACAGACACCUUCGCUUGGCCCGUUCCUUUUGCGGCCAGACUGAUGUCUGGGUCUUCUGAGCCGGUGAAAAAAGGUUGAUCUCUGUGAAAGGGAUAAUUUAACUAAGAUUCAGAGGCUGGGCUGACGUGUAGCCAAGGGUCAGGAAAUCCAACGACGUUACGCUUACAUUGGACUCAUCAGUUGAAUAGUAGCGCCCAGCUAUAGCCUCUAGGAUAUACUUAAAAGACACAUCGACUGGAAUAGAAGUAUUAAUCAA